GUAGUUGCGAAAUGUGCAAGACCAACCGUUGCAACAAGCCCCAUGUAAAUGCUGUUGGUUAACAUGACCUAUUACGCCGCCAUUUUGAAAUGUACUCCAAGUUUUGCGGAAAUGCACCACAAAUUGUCGUAUUUUCUUGCGAUCGGAUAGCCAUAUCGAGUUAGCACCGAGUAGAGGUGUAAACAAGAAAUCGCCUCUCAACUCUCCGCUAGUCCGUUAACUUACUAGCUUACUACAUCCACAACCGGCGUAGCCACUGUCCGUUACGUACGUGGCGAACCGAAUACUAAUUCGAUUUUUGAAAUCUUUUUUCAAUUUUGUUUUACGAGAGUACUUCACGAUUUUAAAGAGAAAGUGUUUUGUGUUUAGGCGCGAAAUAGCGCCAUAGAUUAGUGGCAGUGACAUACUUUUUUAUUUUUAAAAAUUUCCGUGUUGUGUUUGUGACUUUUUUAUUAUUGAUUUUGGAUACUUGCGAAUUUGCUUCAAAUUCUAUAAGCCAAAAUGACGACUCCAAACAAGCUACAGACUGAGAGGGUGAAGCAGAUGUUUAGUUGGACUGCUGGAGAAACCUCGCCUCCGUCGCCCAUCGGCGAUGAGAAGGAGUCCAAGAUGAGCCAAAUACAAUUUUCAGCGCCUUUAGAUAAACAAGAUAGCACGGUGUGGCAGAAGCGACAGCAGGCGGUUUGCGUGCGGCACGCGUUCAAACACUACGGCUCCAACAAGCGGCCCAACAAUGUUCUCAGCAAUUUGAACAUGACUGUAGCUAAGGGAACAAUAUACGGCCUUCUCGGUGCGUCCGGUUGCGGGAAGACCACGCUGCUGUCGUGUAUCGUGGGCCGGCGGAAACUGAACAGCGGAGAGAUAUGGGUGCUCGGGGGCAAGCCGGGCACAAAAGGUUCAGGAGUGCCCGGCAAGCGCGUGGGAUACAUGCCGCAAGAGAUUGCCCUGUACGGCGAGUUCACUAUCAAAGAAACCAUGAUGUACUUCGGUUGGAUCUUCGGUAUGGAGACACGGGAGAUCAACGAGCGUCUGAGAUUCUUACUGGACUUCCUCGACCUGCCCAGCAAGGACCGUAUGGUGAAGAACUUGAGUGGUGGGCAACAGCGUCGUGUUUCCUUCGCCGUGGCCCUAAUGCACGACCCUGAGCUCCUAAUCCUCGACGAACCCACCGUCGGAGUGGACCCUCUGCUGCGCCAGUCCAUCUGGACCCACCUCGUGCAGAUCACCAGCUCCGGAGACAAGACUGUCAUCAUCACCACCCAUUACAUUGAAGAGGCUCGACAGGCGCAUUGUAUCGGACUAAUGCGAAGCGGUAGACUGCUCGCCGAGGAGUCACCGCAAGCUCUCCUCACGAUGUACAGCUGCAUCUCCCUCGAAGAUGUCUUCCUCAAACUCUCUAGAAAGCAGGGUCAAGCCAACCAAGUGGUGGAGCUCAACGUUUCAGGCGGAGGCUUGGGGCUGAACAAGAUGUCGAAGAGAGAGGAAGCACCUUACGCAGCCGAGGACACGCACGUGGUGGGUCUAAACUUCCACCAGAGCAAGGAAGUCCUUAUCAUUGACAACGGAGCUGGCUCUAACGGCGAUCUCCCUGGCAAAGUGACUGAAGUAGUGACCACCGAAUGUGAGGAUUGCGGCAAUUGUUUUAAUUGGACCUCGCGGGGCAAAAUCAAGGCCUUAAUUCAAAAGAACUUCCUGCGGAUGUGGCGGAACAUAGGUGUCAUGCUGUUUAUUUUCGCGCUGCCCGUCAUGCAAGUCAUUCUCUUCUGUUUAGCCAUCGGACGAGACCCUACUGGGCUUAGACUUGCGAUUGUCAACGAUGAUGUGAACGUCCUAGAUAGUUACUGUCCAUUCAACUCGUCGUGUUCGAUGAAGAACCUAUCUUGUCGUUACCUGAACCAUCUAAAGAACCAGUCCAUCAUAAAGGAGUACUACUUCGACGUGGAAUCCGCCAUACAGGCGGUGAGAGAUGGCGAUGCUUGGGGCGCAAUUUAUUUCAACGAGAAUUAUACGGAUGCUCUUGUUGCUAGACUAGCUCUAGCGGACACGGCAGACAACGAUACGAUCAUGUCGUCCGAGGUGCAAGUGUGGUUAGAUAUGUCCAACCAACAGAUAGGACUUAUGCUCAACAGGGACAUACAAUUCGCAUACCGAGAUUUCGCUAAGGACUUACUUCAAACAUGCAACUAUAAUCCGAAAGUGGGUGACAUACCAAUCGACUUUAAGGACCCAAUAUACGGUGACAACAACCCCUCGUUUACAGACUUCGUUGCGCCUGGAGUUAUUUUAACAAUCGUGUUCUUCUUGGCUGUGGCACUUACAUCAUCGGCUUUAAUCGUGGAAAGAAUGGAAGGUCUUCUGGAUAGAUCCUGGGUAGCUGGAGUUUCUCCCGGAGAGAUUCUAUUCUCUCACGUAGUGACCCAGUUUGUUGUAAUGUGCGGACAGACGGCCUUGGUUCUCAUCUUUAUGAUCUUGGUAUUCGGCGUCAAGAGCAAUGGAAACAUCGUUUACGUCAUCAUGCUAACAUUGUUGCAAGGUCUCUGCGGGAUGUGCUUCGGUUUCGUGAUAUCGGCUGCUUGCGAACUUGAACGGAACGCGAUCCAACUCGCGCUCGGUUCUUUCUACCCUACAUUACUACUGAGUGGAGUGAUCUGGCCCAUCGAGGGGAUGCCUUGGGCUUUGCGAUACAUCGCCCUGUGUCUACCCUUAACGCUCGCCACCACAUCACUACGUUCGGUUCUUACUCGAGGCUGGCCUAUAGAGGAUCCUGACGUGUACAUGGGCUUCGUGGCCACGUUGACUUGGAUCGCUCUCUUCCUUGUUGUAACGCUCACAAUACUGCGUUUUAAGCGUGGAUAACUCACGCUCUGGGUGAAAGGAGGGGGCCUAGUAAGAUUGAAUCUUGACUCUUCAAAGGGGAGUUCAUUAUUAGCUUAAAAGCAUUCUAUUGAAAAAACGAUACUAUAAUAAACUGACGGGAAAUUUAAUGUGUUUUUUUAUAGAAAACAGAAGGUCGGUGUUACCUUAACGACGUAACUAAACACAUAAGAUUUUCCGAUGCUCCUUCUCUUUUACUGUGCAAAUAACGCAAACAAAAGCCUACAUACGUUUCGUAUGUAAAGUGUAAUGUAAUAUCCGAAGGGUUGCUGGGUACUGACCUUAUAUCUGCAUACAUAUAAUUCUCAAGCUCUCUUCUGCUGACUACUUUAAUUUAUUUUAUUAUAACUUUAAUCAACUUUAAUUUUUAAUUUAUGAGUCGAUAAAACGUUUACUUGAACCGAUUUGUACUAAGCAACCCAAAGUCCAAUUUCGACAAACAAAACUCUAUCUAAGCAUAUCAAACUUUUUAUUGCUCAAACCGCUAAGAACAGAAGAGGUUUAAUUCCAUAAACCGUCAUGAUCACUAUUCAGUAUAAUCUAUUUCAAAAGAAAAUAAAGUUGGCAAAAAUAUCAAAAUUGUUGUCAUGUUACAUAAGUAAAUGAAGCAUCUAUUGCAUAUUCGAGUAAAUAAAUUGACAAGAAAAUAUCGCCCGAUUUAUAUACGUUAUUAUAAUAUAGCUUCAGAGAUCAUGGUUAGUUAAGGAAUUAAGCCCUUUAGUACUUUUAGCUAAAUGACUGUUAGUCCAUGUGUAAAUAUUAGUAUUGUAUUUAUAAUAAUAAAGGGUUCUCGUAAGAGUGUCCGGUAAGGUGGCUAGUAGGGAAUGUUAGCAAUUAUGAUUGGUCCAACGCUUUCAAAGGGUAUUUUUGUAAUAACAUAAAUAUAUUUUAUACUUUCUUGGUAGGGACAUGUUUUAGGGUGUAAACUUUAGACAUUGACUUUGAGAUACCUGAAUAACAAGUUACCAUACAAUAAGAUGGUGCCAUAGACUAUACAAACUACAACAAGUAUAUAAUUGGAAAGUAGUAAUACUAAAGUCAUAUAUUAUGCUACUCUAUAAAAUUAUAUCUCUCUCCAUUGUUUUACGAAAUUUUAUUAUAAUUUUGUUUUAAUAAUUAGUUCCCGAAAAUUUGCAAAAUAAUGUUUCAAAAAUAAAAUUUAAAUCUGAACUGCGUUUGCAAUUGGCAGUUCAGUGUUGCCAGUGAUGAAACACAGCAAGUUGUCAUUUAAAAGAAAAAUAGCGCCAUCUUGUUUAUUAUAAUAUUAUUACAAUCGAUUUAACUAAAUAUUUCCAUUUAUAAUUAUAAGUUUAAAAGAUAAUGAAGUCAAUGUUUUACAAACUAUUGACACCAAUGUAGUUAUAACGUUGUACAGUAAGUUAGGUUUUGUGCGGAGUCUAGACUAGACUUUGUUUUAGAUUAACGUUGUAAUUUAGCGUGGUGUUGCAUGUAUAAACAUAGAUUUAUAUAAAGGCAAUUAAUUAUAAUAUGUCUAAAUUCUAGAUUCUAAACUAGUUGUGUAGAUUAGAAGUGUCAGACUGUGAUUAUUUUUGCUAACAUUGACAUUUUUGUAAUGACAAAUAUAUUAUACCAAAUAAUACGACGUUUUCAUUUC